GUGCAAGCAGCAGCCAUGUUGCCGUGAGCUUGUUCCGGUAUCAGGGCAGGAUCGUGCGCAUAGACUGCAUUCGGGCGCAGCUCCUCGCCUCUCUCCCCCUGUCGCCCGUGACACGCACCUCCUAACAAGCAAACCUCAGUUUACCGAUAAUGGAUUUUACUACUUCAUGAUUCCUCCUUCAGUCGACUGGUUACGGAAACGGCAGCAGUCGGUGUACCGACAGGACGGACUGGUAUAUCGCCACACUGCAGUGCAGCACUGGUGAACGACCUUAUUCCAAUCACGCAACACAAGGAAGAGCGCCGGUGAUUUCCGUGGAUUUUGAGUUUCGUGGGUCGCUCUGUGGCAGUCACUGCCGCGGCGGCCACAGGAGGAGAAGCUAACCUAGCUAGCUUUUCUCCGAAAGAAACAGUGAAUUAGUUCGCUACAUGGGCUAAUAUUGGCCAGUCAGUUAACGUUAGCUAGCGCAGCAAAAUAAUUCGUGUUUCUCCACUGCCAUGUGACAGUUUUACAUGGUGCUGCUUUUAUUUUUGAACACCUUACCCUGGAUAUCUCGCUGGGAACAUUUCUGAAUUGUUUUGUGUGAGUUGGGAAGGUCGAGACCUCGCCGGGAAUAACUUUGGCCUGAAAGUUUUGUAGACCUCAGACCUGGUUUCAGCCCUGAAAGGAAACAUCUCUGCCACAGAAAGAGAAAAACAGGCGUCGACAGUGCGUUAUGAAGACGAAGCUGGAUGAACGUUUGUUGUAGUUCGGCGUAUUUUCGGCGACAGUCGGCGCUUCCUCAGACGUUAGUUAGCAACCUUACAGGUUAGCAUGCUAGCAACCUAAUUGAACCUUGUCUUGUUCAUUACAACCGUUGCUCAACUUUUCUUCAAGCUAGCCCAAGAAGCUAGCUGACCAAAACGUCACGGCAUCAGGCUGGUAUUGGCUCAGUGGGCACCGUCGACGCUGAUAAAUGUUAUUUGGGAACUGAAUGUUUUCACACCCUGACCGAAGCUAAAGAAGGCGUUUGUUUUUUCCCGUUUUGUGCUUGUUGUCAACAUGGGACGUGCCGUUGCUGCUAGCUAGUUUCUAGCUAGCUGGCUAACUCGGCUAGCCGCUGAUGUGGGAUUCAACUUGUUGAUUCACAGGCUAUCUGUCGCGCUGCUAGCUGGCUAGCACUGGACAUCUGUUGGAAAAUUCCCGUCUGCUGUCAGCCAGACUGGUUUUAAAUGUACAAUAGACACUGAAGAAUCGUUCUUGUUUCACUGCUCCUUUCCCCUUUUCUGGCAACUUAAAGACUUUCAAAAAUGUCAACAAGGAUCCCACUGGUGCAAGUCAUUGAAAACUCGACCGGACAGGAGUCCAAGUCAUCUGGCCGCUCCAGCAUGCCGCGAUGUCGGAAUUCCUUCUCCACGACCACAUCAGAUGACCAGCCACACAUUGGUAACUAUCGGUUGCUAAAAACCAUCGGCAAAGGCAACUUCGCCAAGGUCAAACUGGCACGACACGUCCUCACCGGAAAAGAGGUGGCUGUAAAGAUCAUUGAUAAGACACAGCUCAACUCCUCCAGUUUGCAGAAGCUCUUCCGAGAAGUGAGGAUCAUGAAGAUGUUGAAUCACCCCAACAUAGUCAAGCUCUUUGAGGUGAUAGAGACAGAGAAGACUUUGUACCUGGUAAUGGAGUACGCUAGUGGAGGAGAGGUCUUCGAUUACUUGGUUGCCCAUGGCAGGAUGAAGGAGAAAGAAGCCCGUGCCAAAUUCAGACAGAUUGUGUCAGCGGUGCAGUAUUGCCAUCAGAAGUGUAUAGUACACAGAGACCUCAAGGCGGAGAACCUGCUCUUGGACGCAGACAUGAACAUCAAGAUAGCAGACUUUGGCUUCAGUAAUGAGUUCACUCUGGGGAACAAGCUGGACACGUUCUGCGGCUCCCCGCCCUACGCUGCCCCGGAGCUCUUCCAGGGCAAGAAGUACGACGGCCCUGAGGUGGACGUCUGGAGCCUGGGGGUGAUCCUCUACACACUGGUCAGCGGCUCGCUACCUUUCGAUGGACAGAACCUCAAGGAACUGAGAGAGCGCGUGCUGCGUGGUAAAUACAGGAUUCCUUUCUACAUGUCCACGGACUGCGAGAACUUGCUGAAAAAGUUCCUCAUCCUGAACCCCUCCAAAAGAGGCAGCCUGGAGCAGCAGAUAAUGAGGGACCGGUGGAUGAAUGUGGGCCAUGAGGACGAGGAACUUAAACCCUACAUCGAACCCCCGCCAGAUUAUAAGGACCCCAGGAGGACGGACAUGAUGCUGCAGAUGGGAUUCUCUCAGGAGGAGAUCCAGGACUCGCUGGUGAACCAGAAGUACAAUGAUGUGAUGGCUGCAUAUCUGCUACUGGACUUGAGGAACUGUGAGCUGGAUGAAAUUGGCAUCAAGCUCCGGCCAGGAAGUGAUGUGCAGCGCAGUGUGUCGUCCAUCCAGAAGCCUCAGAACCGCAGAACCACUGAGCAGGGCUCCUCCUACUCCAAGAGAGGGGGCCAAGCAGACAACCGGACUGCGGGGGAGGAUUCUGGGAGGAAAGGUUCAUCAGGCAGCUCCACUACCAAGGUGACGGCCAGCCCCCUGUCCACCUCAGACCGGAAGAAGAGCGCCACACCCUCCACCAAUAGCAUCCUGUCGACCGGUACUGGUCGCAGCCGGAAUUCUCCUCUGACUGAGCGAGCCACGAUAGGCCAGGGCAUCCAGAACGGCAAAGACAGCCUAAACACUCCGGGCUCCCGCGCCUCCACUGCGUCGGCUGCUGCCGUCCUCUCCUCCUCUUCCUCGCGUCCCCGCCACCACAAGUCCCUGUCCUCCUCCAAUCAUCCAUGCCCCUCUGACCUGCACGCACCACGGCCCAGCGCCCCACCUCAGCGGGCGCCUGGCGCCUCCCCAUCUGCCCACAACAUCAGCAGCGCUGCCGUGUCAGACCGUCCCAACUUCUCCCGAGGGGUGGGCAUCCGCAGCACAUUCCAUGCAGGCCAGCAGCGGGGUGCCCGGGACCAGCAGAGCUCCGCCUACCCUGGCGGGCCCGCUUCCCCGUCGCUGUCACAUGGCAACAGCCAGGCCCGGAGGACACACGGCGCCACAGGGAUUUUCAGCAAGUUCACAUCCAAGUUUGUACGCAGAAAUCUCUCGUUCAGGUUUCCGAGAAGGAGUCCGUAUGAGGGAGAGGGUCGGGAUGAGGGGAGCAGGUCCAUGCUGAGCAGUACAGUGGACAAGUCAGAGAAGACGUCUGGCGGUGUUCUCUCCUCCUCUUCUAACAACGAUGAGAACAACUCGUCACCAGGAUCUGGUAAUACUGGUGGCACCGGCACGCCUCCGGCCAUCGGCGGCCAGAAGGACUCAGCCAAGCCACGCUCGCUUCGCUUCACCUGGUCAAUGAAAACCACGUCCUCCAUGGAGCCCACGGAAAUGAUGCGCGAGAUCCGCAAGGUGCUCGACUCCAACUGCUGCGAGUACGAGCUGCGCGAGCGCUACAUGCUGCUGUGCGUGUCAGGGAACCCGGCCCGUGAAGACUUCGUCCAGUGGGAGAUGGAGGUGUGCAAGCUGCCGCGGCUCUCGCUCAAUGGCGUGCGCUUCAAACGGAUCUCGGGCACGUCCAUCGCCUUCAAGAACAUUGCCUCAAAGAUUGCCAACGAGCUCAAACUGUGAGUGUGGAGGAGCAGCGAGGAGAGAUGAGAAGGGGGCGGGGGAGUGAUAGCGAGGAUGAUGCUGUAAGCGUGGUGGCACUGUAGAGGUCAGGAGGUAAGCUAAAGGGUGGGAUCACUUUAAAAAUGAACGCGAUUGUUAUCUGGACAAAGGUCUGAAGUAGGGCUAUCGGUUCUCUGAGACUAGAAAACGUUCCUUUUCUAGUAGUUUUGUUCCUUAAGUUCCUGAGGCUCUGCGAUUAGAAACUCUGAGUUGAUUUCUUCUGAAUUGUGAAGUACUUAUAGACCGAGGUCUUCUCUCUUCCCUGCUGUUUUUUUUUUUGGUCACGUUCUACUUAGACGUUCCACUCUUCUGCAUGUCCGAUCUGCUCUCUCUGUUUUGUAGAAGUCACACUUUGACCACUCCUGUCACUUCUUCCUGCUAUUUAUUCAGUUUUUCUGCACGGUUCUGCCGCCCGGUCUUUUUGUGUAGAGGGGAACCAGGUAAAAGAUGAGGGUUGGAUGGAUGGACAAAGAGAGCGUUCUACUUUCUCUCUAACAAGCAGUGCUGAUUGACAGAAUAUUUGGAGCCUUAUUUUGCUGGAAAAACUCGGAGUUUUGAUUGAAUUUGUUUCUCCUCCAAAGCUGAACGGACUCCCAACUGAGCCAGGAUUUUGGUUGCUGAAGCCCACAGUCUCUCGCUCACACACACACACACACACACAAAUGGACUGAACUCUGCUGUUGUUGGUUAAAGGACCCUCUCCACCCUCCACCUGCCUGACCACACUUCCCCUUCCACCCCAAAAUAUACAUUUCCACCUGAUCCAUCCUUCCACCACCUCCCUCCUUCUCACACACAGACACGCACACCACCCUCUUCCUCUAAUUUCAAACUGAACUCAGCACAAACACAUCCAUCUCUUUUUCUUUGCCUCUUCACUCCCGUUUUCUUCCUCAUUUUUUUAUUUCUCUCACGGCAUCAAGUCAGAGCAGGCCAGUCAGACUUGAUGUCGUCGUCGAUUGUUCGGGCUUCAACCCUUCAAGUCCUUACUUGUAUUGUUUAUUUUAGUUUCUUCUUCUUUUAUGGCUUUUUAAAAAGAGUUGUGCACUGGAAAAGAGAGGCAUAUGGGGAAACUGGGGCGGGAAGGGGCAGUUCAUGGACAGGGUUGUCGAUGGAUUUUUAUGUUGCCUUUCUUUAUAGAAGUAAAUUUGGGGUUUUGUUUUUGUUGCGUACGUUCAGCACAUAAAUGCCCAAAUGGUUUAAUUGUACUUAUUUUGUUAAUGUUGCUAUCGCUUCGGUUGGCAUCACGCCUUCAAAUCCAGAAUGUCAACCCUGAACUGACGCAUUUCAUUGGCCCGCGUCCCCUCUCUGCUACACCUGUUCCCAAGGAGCGCACACACAAAAAGGUGUCUCUGGCAUAUGUAACAAACAUUAUGUGUGUGUGGGUGAGAGUGUAUUAUGAAAGCUCACUGGAAGGAAGAAAAAAAAUCAACAAGGAUGACGACAAAUGUUGAAUUAUUUUCUUCUUCUGCUUUUGAUUUGGUAAUAUGUUUUUGUGUCAUUGAAAGUUUUUGGGUUUGUGCCGAUUUGGACGGUGUGUGUGAAGAAGGCUCGGAUCAUAUCAUUGCUGCCUUUUCGGUAUAGUGCACCUUUAACACACACGCACAUUUAGCACACCACACAGCUCAUGUAUUAACCCCCCCCCCCCCCCCCCCCCAAGUGCAGACAAGAGUUAUCGAUGUAUUUAAUGAUGUUGAUGGUGACGACUACUGCUCGUUCAUCUUUGACCAUUUUUUUUUUU